AUGGAAAGCCUGAGCGAGCUCCAGAACCCGCUCUUGGACAAGAACAGCAAGCACGUCGUCAACGGUUACGGGGGCGACUUCCCUAACAACCAGUACCAGGAGAAUAUUAUCAACUACUUCGUAACCGGCGGGAACGGAGAAGGAGGUGGAGGAGGUAACAGUAACAGCGGUGCGGUGGCCCACGUGGGACAAAACAACAGCAACGGCAAAAUGAAAGCUCAACAACUCCUGGACGCCACCUCCCUCCAUCUGGCCGUCGAGGCCUUCUACAGGCCUAACUUCAUCCUGUACAAGGAGGAAGGGGGAGGAGGCGGCGGCGUCAAGGCCAAGGAUUAUAAGAGCGAGUGCUGCGAGACUACCUUCACAGAGAAGAAGGAGAAGGAGAGGGAGGCGUCUGUAGCAGUGGAGACCCCCGGAAGCACAGAGGACCCUCAGGCCAAGCUGCUAGAGGACGGAGACAACGUGAAGAUACAGACUGUCUCCUAUGAGGUGGAGGAGGAGGAGUAUGUAGAGUAUGAGACGGACUGCUCCAGCGACAGCGAGAGUGAAGAUAACUUCAUAGUGAUCCCACCCAGAGACCACCUGGGCCUGGCCAUCUUCUCCAUGCUCUGCUGUUUCUGGCCCCUGGGCAUCGCUGCUUUCUACUUCUCCCAGGGGACCAGUAAGGCGGUGACGAAGGGUGACUUCCCGCUGGCGAGCAUCGCAUCCCGGAGGGCGCUGUUCCUUGCGGCCCUUUCCAUCACCAUCGGGACAGGGGUCUACGUUGGGGUGGUGGUGGCCCUCAUCGCCUACCUCUCCAAGCCUGGACACGUAUAG